AUGCCUCGUGGUCAGAAGAGUAAGCUCCGUGCCCGUGAGAAGCGCCAACGUGCCCGUAUUGAAACCCAGGACCUCCAGGGUGCUGAGGCCUCUGCUGCCAAGGUGGAAGGGUCUCCCUCUUCCUCUUCUGUUUUGGGGAAUACCCCCCAGAGCUACCCUGUGGAUGGUAUUUUCCAUGAGUCUAAUGAAGCCCCAGCCACUACCACUCCUGCUGCAGCUGUUUCAUGCGAAGAAUCGAAUGAGGGUGCUGGCAUCUUAUAUACGAGACCAAGUAUCUCCCAGGCAGAAUCUUCCGAUGAGAAUUUAAGCAGAGAUGUUCUACCCUUGAUGGUAAGCACGUUCGUGCAGUUCUUGAUCCAUAAGUAUAAAACUAAAGAGCCCAUUAUGAAAACAGAGAUGCUGCAGGUUUUCGACAAAAAUUAUGAGGAUCAAUUCCCUGAGAUCCUCACAAGAGCCGCGGAGCGUAUGGAGCUGGAUUUUGGCCUUGAAUUGAAGGAAGAUAGCCCCAACAGUAACUCCUAUCACUUCGUCAGCAAGUUGAAUAUUGCCAAAGGAAGAAGUCUAACUGGAGGCAGCGGCAUGCCCAAGACAGGUCUGGUGAUGGUAAUCUUGGCCAUGAUUUUCAUGAAAGGUAACCGAGCCAGUGAAGACUCUAUAUGGAAAUUCCUGAAUGUGCUGGGUAUUUAUGCUGGGAAGAGGCAUGCAGUUUUUGGUGAGCCCAGGAAGUUUAUAACCAAAGAUUUGGUGAUGGAGAGGUUCCUGGUAUACCGGAAAGUACCCAAGAGUGAUCCUCCAUGCAAUGAAUUCCUUUGGGGUCCACGAGCUUACGCUGAAACCACCAAGAUGAAAGUCCUUCAAGUUUUGGCCAAGAUCAACAAUACAGUUCCCAGCUCCUUCUCUGCUCUGUACGAAGAAGCUUUGAGAGAUGAGGAAGAGAGAGCCCAAGCCAGAGCUGUUAAUGAAAGCCUUCUGGCUGAGAUGACUUCAUUACCUCUAGUGGGUGGGGAAGAACUUGGUGUAUUGGUGGUGAUCCACAUUCUGCAGAAGGAGGAGUUCCUGACAGGCUACAAGCUGUCCCUGACACGAGUCAGCAUGCCUGCUGCUCAGAAAAGUAUGUCCUAUGCCUGUGAGAACAAUGCCUGGCCCCAGGUGACGGUAGGACCUGUCAACUCUAUGAAUUCCUGUGGGGUCCACAAGCCCAUGCUGAAAGCAGCAUGGUGA